GCUGUGAAUGCUUGGUGGAGGUUGAUCAAUCUGUCGGAUAUCUUGACAAGUUAGAAUUUUUAUCAUUAGAUGCGUGCUCUAAGCUUAGUAUCUUUCCUAGCAUACUCAAGACAAAAUCUCUUCGCGAACUUUAUCUCUCUGGUUGCUCUAAACUCGAGAAGUUCCCUGAUAUUCUGGUAAAGAUAGAACAUCUAGAGGAACUUAAUCUAAAAGGAACAGCUAUUAAAGAACUCCCUGCAUCCAUUGAUAAUCUUGUCUCUCUAAGGCAAAUAAUUUUAUGGCACUGCAAAAAUCUCAUAAGGCUUCCAUCGAGCAUUUAUAAAUUGCAAAAUCUGGAGCAUUUGGGUCUUAAUUAUUGCUCAAAUUUUAUCAUGUUUCCAAAGAACUUGGAGGAUCCAACUGAUCUUGAUGGUGGCUUGGGAUUCCCAAAUCUAGACAGUCUAAGUCUUUGGGAUUGCAAUUUAUCAGGGUUAGAUUUCCUCGAGGGUUCUUCCAAUUUUCCCAAAUUGACGCACCUAAAUCUUAAAGGGAACAAGUUCACUCAUAUGCCGAGGUGCUUCCACAAAUAUGAUAAUUUGAAAAACUUGUAUCUGGAUAAUUGCAAGCAACUGCAAGAGAUUCCUCAGCUUCCAUCAAAUAUUGGGAUCAUAAGAGCAAAUAAUUGCAGAUCUCUACAAAAACUCCCAGAUUUUUCGAGUCUCUCCAACUUCUCUGAAGUUGACUUCUCUUCAUGCUGUGGAUUAUCACGGAAAGGGUUCGAUCUGGCUGGUGUGUCAAUACUCGAGUAUCUCCGGAAGACGAGGGAACUCGACAUGCUCCUAAUUGGAGGAGAGAUGCCAGGAUGGAUUCACCAUUGUGAAGAGGGACCUAUAUCUUUCAAGGUUCCCAAGGAUCUGUAUGACAAGUUCUUAGGACUUGCACUCUGUGUGGUUCUUGGGUUGGAGGAAGGAAAAGUGGUCGGUGUUUCAUGUGAGGUCCAAAUUUUGUCAAUGGCAAAAGGGUGA